AUGACAUACAGAGGGUAUAGUGGAGAUAGAAGAGGGUUUCGGACGUCGCCCAGAUUUGACAGAGGGGGCAGAUAUCCUCCUCGGGAAAGACGUGAGGGACAGAGAUACGAUCCUCUUCCAGAGCUUCCUCCUGUGGAGUUUCAGAAGAACUUCUACAAGGAGGCGGAGUCUAUCAGUAGAAUGAGUUCGCGCGAUGUCGAUUCGUUCAGGAAGACAAACGAGAUGACGGUCAAGGGGAUGGAUAUUCCACAUCCGAUCAGCCGGUUUGAGGAGGCAGGGUUUCCCUCUAGGAUUGUGGAGGAGCUUGAAGGAAAGGGAUUCAGUGGGCCCACGCCUAUCCAAGCACAAGGAUGGCCGAUGGCAUUAAGCGGAAGGGAUAUGGUAGGGAUUGCACAGACUGGAUCUGGAAAGACACUGAGUUUUAUUCUUCCUGGGCUUGUGCAUGCAAAGGAUCAGCAGCCUCUGCGAAGAGGGGACGGGCCUAUUGCGCUUGUGCUUGCGCCGACUCGGGAGCUUGUGAUGCAAAUCAAGAAAGUUGCCGACGAGUUCUGUGGGAUGUUUGGACUAAGGAGUACAGCGGUUUAUGGAGGAGCUUCAUCGCAGCCACAAAUAAAGGCUUUGCAUGAGGGGGUAGAAAUAGUUAUUGCAACUCCUGGAAGGUUGAUUGACCUGCAUGAGCAAGGGCAUGCACCGCUUAGCAGAGUGACAUUCCUUGUUCUUGACGAGGCCGACAGGAUGCUUGACAUGGGGUUUGAGCCGCAGCUCCGAAAGAUUAUUCCAAAGACAAAUGGAAACAGACAGACAUUAAUGUGGAGUGCAACAUGGCCGAGAGAGGUGCGAGGACUGGCAGAAAGCUACAUGAAUGAUUACAUUCAAGUGGUUGUUGGAAAUGAAGAGCUUAAGACAAACAGCAAGAUCAAGCAAGUGAUUGAAGUCUGUAGUGGACGUGAGAAGGAGGACAAGCUGCUUGGAGUUCUUGACAAAUUCAAGGGAGACAAGGUCAUUGUGUUCUGCAACAUGAAAAGAACAUGCGACGAUUUGGAGUAUGUUCUGAAUAGAUCUGGGUAUGGGGCUGCAGCAUUGCAUGGAGACAAAUCGCAGAACAUUCGAGAUAAAGUUCUUGAUGACUUCCGAUCAGGGAGGAGGCCGAUUCUAAUUGCCACAGAGGUUGCAGGAAGAGGACUUGAUGUAAAUGACGUCAAGCUUGUGAUCAACUUCGACUUCCCAGGGACAUGCGAGGACUAUGUGCAUCGAAUUGGAAGGACGGCAAGAGGCAACACAAAGGAGGGGAUAUCGCAUACAUUCUUUACAAUCAACGACAAAGGAAAUGCACGGGAGCUGAUCCGGAUGCUAAGAGAAGCCAAUCAGACGGUUCCUUCUGAUCUCGAGGACAUGGUGAGAGUGUCGAACGAUAGAUAUGGAUCCAGGGGUGUCAAACACGACUACAGAGGAAGACCUGGGAGAUUUCCUUAUCGAGGAUGA